UGACCACAGACAUUUUACGGCAAAAAUAAGAAAACGCGGGAAAAUUAGUCUUUCGACUUAGUCUCAUACAAAAAUAUGACAUCAAAAGUGGAUAAAUACGAUCCUGGUAGUCUUUCUGAUCUGUUGCCUUUAUAUUACAAGAAACUUUUUCCUUAUGGACUUUACUUCAGGUGGUUGAAUUAUGGUGGAGUUCCAAAGACCUACUUCAGCAACAGAGAGUUUUCCUUCACGCUGAAAGAUGACGUCUACAUUCGGUAUCAAUCCUUCACAGAUCAACAGGAUAUGGAAAAGGAGAUUCAGAAAAUAUGUCCUUAUAAAAUUGACGUUGGAGCAGUAUUUACACACCGGCCUAAAGAUCACAAGACCAUUAAUGCAGCAGCUUUUGUUGCUCAGGAGAAAGAAUUAGUCUUUGACAUCGAUAUGACAGACUAUGAUGAUGUCAGGAGUUGUUGCUCUGGUGCAGAUAUCUGUGAAAAGUGCUGGCCUUUGAUGUCCAUGGCAGUGAAAAUUCUGAACAGGGCAUUAAAAGAUGACUUUGGAUUUGAGCACAUUUUGUGGGUAUACUCAGGGCGCCGUGGUAUUCACUGCUGGGUGUGCGAUGAGGUGGCCCGGAAACUUUCACAAGCUGGCCGAACUGCUAUUGCAGAAUACCUAACUGUUGUUAAGGGUGGAGAAAAUCAGGUUCGAAAAGUUCAUCUUGAUCAAUACAUCCAUCCUUCAAUAAAAGCAGCUAUAGAGAUUAUCAACAGUAACUUCAAAGACUAUGCUGUUGAUAAGCAAGAUUUCUUGGGAGAUAAGCAGAAAUGGACAAAAGUAUUAUCCUUGAUUCCUUCACAAGACAUACAAAAAGAAGUAGCUGAAGAAUUAGAAUUGUUACCUGACAGUGCAUCCAGAUGGAAAAAAGUUAAGAAAUUCAUCGAAUUAAGCAGUAAGAGUGGAUUUACAGACUCAAGGCAAGCUGACAAGGAAAUAAUGCUGCAAUACUGCUAUCCACGACUAGAUGUCAAUGUCAGCAAAGGCAUCAACCAUCUCUUAAAGAGUCCCUUUUGUGUUCACCCCAAAACAGGUCGAGUUUGUGUUCCAUUCGAUCCAGAUGAUACAGACAGGUUUUCCCCAGCAGAAGUACCAACAAUAAGUCAGUUGCUGGAUGAGCUGAACAAAGUUGAAGCUGUAGACUUAGGGGGUGUCAGCAAGCACACAAAAGAUUACAAGCGCACGUCAAUGGCUGCAAGCAUUGAAGUUUUUGAGCAGUUUGUCAAGAAGCUUGAAAAAUCUUGGCGUGGAAAACUGAUAGAAGAAAGUGAUAAGAAGAUGGAAUUUUAGAACCAAACACUAUGGAGGAUAGAACUGUACAUUAUUCUUUUAUAUUGUAAAGAUAAUCUAAAAGUGAGUAUGUAUGUGUGCGUGCGUGCACAUGUAACAGAGGUGGAAGAGUUUCAUUGGGGCCUUUGACAAAAUGGUUGCUUGUGAACCUAACACAAAUCCUGGCUUUAAUUUCUUUCGUUUUUAAAGCAUGAUGCAGGAGGAUUUGAAUUUUUUCAUUGUUUUGACUUUCUUUGUCAUCUCGAUAUUUGAAUGUAUGCUACUUGAAAGUGAGGUAUCCGCAAUGCAUAAUUUUGGAGUUAGUGUUUUAAGAUGAGCACAGUCAUUCAAAAUAAACAAACAAAACAAUCCACUCAGCAUAUAAAAUAGCAGGCCUGUUGAAUUAAAAUAUAACAUCUGAACUGGGCAAACGACAGGGCAGGGAAGAAUGCGCAACAUGGCCAAGUUAGGAAAAUGAAACACAACCAUUUCUCCUCUUCCCCCCGACAACUCACGGUUCAAUAUCUACAGAUGUAUCAAGCCCUGUGUAAUCAUAGCUGUAGACCGUAAGCAACACUGGGACUUCUAAAUUACCAGCCGACCUAGUUCAGCGCCUGUUUCCAUUGACACGACCCCGCAACAUUUCCUGUCUUGGGGUAAAGUUACCUCCCCGUCGUGACUACUGAAUCCCUUGUGCACACCCUAGAGGAGGAGUAGAGUAAAGGAAAUGUGACGUAUUGUGAGGAUUGGGCAUAUGCCGUGCCUUAGACACGAUGAACCAUCUAGAGUUAGCUGCUCCAGGUACGUCAUUGGGUAUGCCUUUUGGUUCUACCAUUGGCCUAGGUUGCUGUUUAUUAUUAAUAGUCAAGUUACCCAGGCGAUGCCCCGUUUUCUGACAGACUUUCAGCGCACACAUUAUUCGCUCGGAGAAGAUCAAGGAAAGGAUGGGUGAGAAAGCCCGCUGGUCGUUUGUAGUGGAAGCGGGGAGAUAAAAUUUGCGGUGGUGCCGCUCGCCUUGCAUCUCUCAUGUACCUGUAUACUUUCUCCCUUGAUCUCGGUCUUGGUUUCCCUCCUAAUUAUGCUCAGCUUAAUUUAUUGUUUUUUUCUUUCAUUUGAAGCCACCCCUAACAUCUUGACAAUGUGGACAAUCUAGAACAAUACAAAGAACCUCUCCGUAAGCCAGUGUUCAAAAUUUGAUGAGGAUCGGACAAAUGGUGUGCAUUUGCAUAGGGCUGAAGGGUCGACACACACACUUCUCACACUCUGCUUUGUUUAUAAGAUAUGAGAUUUUUAAAAAGUUCAUUUCAGGAGACGCACGCACGACUUUACAUUUGGUUCUUAGAGAUAUUAAAGUACUUUUAAGCCAGGAUGACACCUCACUGAACGCAUGUGAAAAUGUAUAUAAAGUUUUCACAGAUAUAAAUAUUAUUUUUUGUUGUUGUUGCGUGUGAUAGCUAUUAUAUAUACUACUGCUAUGCAUGUUACAAAUAAAAAAUAGUAUUUAAAAACGUU